AUGGAGUUCGACCUGGCAGCAGCUAUGGACCCCACUUCCAAGAAACUGGUAGGGCCAGGUAAUGGAGGGGACCCCAAACACAGCCCCUCCAAAGUCCAUGGCCCAUCAGUAGCGGGAGUAGCUGCUAAGCCCAGGCACAACAGCAGCAGCUCCAGUGACUCAGAGGCUGAAUCUAAGCCCCACGCUGCUGGGUCGGGGGAGCAAAAGAGUACCAAGGACAAGGCCAAGAAACCCAAGCAGAAGAAAAAGAAGGCAGAGAAGGGGCAGAAGGUGGACAAGGGGAAGCAGGCCUCGCGCUGA